UGUGGGACUUGCGCGAGGAGAGUGGGUUCCCGGCACUUGACAUGGCGGCAGCGGCGGCGACUGCAGCGUCGAAGGGGAAUGGGGGCGGCGGGGGCCGUGCUGGGGCCGGCGAAGCUAGCGGCUCGCGGAAGAAAAAGGGCCCGGGGCCUCUGGCCACGGCAUACCUGGUCAUCUACAAUGUGGUGAUGACCGCGGGGUGGCUCGUUAUAGCAGUCGGUCUGGUCAGAGCAUACCUGGCUAAGGGUAGCUAUCAUAGCCUUUAUUAUUCCAUUGAAAAGCCUUUGAAAUUCUUCCAAACUGGAGCCUUAUUGGAGAUUUUACAUUGUGCAAUAGGAAUUGUUCCAUCUUCUGUUGUCCUGACUUCUUUCCAGGUGAUGUCAAGAGUUUUUCUAAUAUGGGCAGUAACACAUAGUGUCAAAGAGGUCCAGAGUGAAGACAGUGUCCUCCUGUUUGUUAUUGCCUGGACAAUCACAGAAAUUAUCCGUUACUCCUUUUAUACAUUCAGUCUAUUAAACCAUCUGCCUUACCUCAUCAAAUGGGCCAGGUACACACUCUUCAUUGUGCUGUACCCAAUGGGAGUGUCGGGAGAAUUGCUCACAAUAUAUGCCGCUUUGCCCUUUGUCAGACAGGCUGGCCUGUAUUCCAUCAGUUUACCUAACAAAUACAAUUUCUCCUUUGAUUAUUAUGCAUUCCUAAUUCUGAUAAUGAUCUCUUACAUUCCAAUUUUUCCCCAGUUAUACUUCCACAUGAUACACCAGAGAAGAAAGGUCCUUUCUCAUACUGAAGAACACAAGAAAUUUGAAUAGUUCCUUCUUCCUGCACACCCCCAGAAACAAACUUUCCAAUGACAAAAAAUGCUGCAGACUUUUUCAGUUCCCAAUACGUUUCAUAGAGAAUAAGUAAGAACUAUUUUUAAAUACUAAAAAAAUAAAUAAAUAAACCAAAAUCCAGUGUCAUGUGGGCCUGGGAUUUUCUAAAAAACAAAACAAAAGCUGUUACAUAAAACAUCCUGGCCGGUCCAUUUCAGCAUGCUCUUUCAACCAGAAGUUCCCAAUAUUUAUGGUGGCGCUGGAAAGGGAUCUGGCAUUUUAUAUCCUCCUGUUUCCUUCAUAUGUCUGAUAAAUAAAAGGUCUGUAACACUAAAUACUUGAGCGUUACAGUCUGAGUCAUGAAGUUGUGCCCACUGAAUGCCCAACUUGGAGCAGUUACGUUUCAGUCUGCAGUGUGUUUCGCAUUCCCUCUCAAAGUGCUUGACUGCAUGCUGGAAGCCAUUUGUUCUCUGGAAUGCUCUGAAGUUAUGGCUGGGACCUUCCCCUCGUAUCUAGUGAAUGAAUUAUACAAUGUACAUGUCUGUGAAACUUUGGGGUAGUGCCUAUAAUCAGAAAACAACUAGAACCCUUUUGUUCGUUUUCAAUUGAGUCAUUACUGCUUGCCUCUACGAAAUGUGCUUGAAUUUAAUAAGUAUGUGUAUAUUGUAGAGAAGCUACCUUAACUGGGGCUCAACCUCAAUCCUAUUUUAACAAAACUGGACAGUUUUGAGAAAGGGAAAGCUCAGUAGUUAGACAAUGACAGGUAUCUUUCACAGUACCAUUCUCAGAAUACCCAGAGUAAGGAGUUUGUCAGGAGCUAUUCUUGCUUAGGGACCUGAAGCCAGUCUAGUGCACAGAAGUAGAGAAUCUGUUCUUGAAAGCACAUGGAAGGUGUUACUCUAGAAAUGGAGUUUGGAAAAACAGUUAGGAAUGGGUUUAUGUACCCUUAUUAUUUUAUUUUCACAUUUUUAUUCUGCUCUUCUGUUUGUGUACUUUUCCUUAUUAUGGUGCUAUGUAAUUUCCACCAAGUUGUAAGUCCAGAGGCAGUGAAAUGUUCCAGUUGGGCAGUCAUGAACUAAAAGUAGUAUCGUCCCCGCAUUUUGGAGCAGCCAAGAAAUACUUUGGACAUAUGGACAUUGUCUAAUUAACGUCGUGUCUACAUACUAUAAUUGCUAAACUGUGCAUUUAAGACUUUUCAAGAAAGAGUUGGAUGAAAAUGUAAAGCCCAAGUUUAGACAUGCAUUAGAUUUUAAAUAUACAGUGUUCUUUACGGAAACAUUUUCCCUUGUUUUAAUUGGUUGAUCUUUUAAAAGUCUGCUGCCAGGUCGUUUCAGUCGUGUCGGUCUGUGUGCAACCCCACAGACAGCAGCCCACCAGGCUCUGCCGUCCCUGGGAUUCUCCAGGCAAGAAUACUGGAGUGGGUUGCCAUUUCCUUCUCCAAUGCAUGAAAGUGAGAAGGGAAAGUGAAGUCACUCAGGUCGUGUCCGACUCCUAGCGACCCCAUGGACUGCAGCCUACCAGGCUCCUCCAUCCAUGGGGUUUUCUAGGCAAGAGUACUGGAGUGGGUUGCCAUUGCCUUCUCCAUUUAAAAGUCUAGCUUACUAGUUUACUGACUGGUUAUCAACUAAAGUAUAAUUGCCAAUAUUAGAAGGAUGUCAUAAUGGAAAACUUUUAAAUGCGUAUUUUAAUAGAAGCUUGAAACUUAAGAUGAAAAAUGAGAAAAAAUAUGCAGCCUGAAAUUUAAUGCAAGCAGAUGUAUAAUACAUUAUUUUUGAAUUGAUCAUUAAAAUUCUGCUUCUUAAAGGCAGCACUCUUGACUUGGGUGUGGUGAGAUUAGAAUCUACUCUUUUUGAUAAAAUAUGUGGAAAGAUUAUUUUUCAUGCUUUUUUCUCUUUUUAUUUUUCCAAAAUGUUUUUCUGCCUUAAAAUAGAAUCAAUUUGGGUUAUAUUAGCCUUAUUACUUGAGUAAGAUUUUUUUUCAUUUGUGUUUGAAAUAGUUAUAGAAGAUGGGAUGAGAAAUGCAAGUCUUCCAGGAUUGCUGGAUUGGGAGUUUUAUUCGGGCCUCUCUAUUAUAAUUUGUCACUAUUUCUGAAAAACAAUCUGUCACAAAUAGUGGUCAUGCAUCAAAUUGAACUUUGACAAUAAGAACGCAGCGAACAACUCCCUUCUCAAAAAGGGUCUCAACCCCAGUGUGUAUUUUUGUCCAUCAACAUUUAAAAUGCUCAUUGCAGAUAAGUAAGGCAUGCACCGUGUCCUUCAGUCACCUCUCUCAGUAACUGGUUUCUUUAUCUCUAACGUGAAUUCAUUUCUUUUUGGAAGUGGUGGUGUUCGUUCAUGAACUGAGAACAUCUAACCUCACCGGAUAUCACAUCUUCUUGUAAGGUGUGAAUGAGGAAGGUGGUGUUUUGGUGGGUAUUUUGUCAGACUUAACCACUUUCAUUUCCAGGCAGAGUCAAAGGCAUCAUCUGCCCCCACCCCAACCUGUACCUGAUUGGGUGUUUCAGAUCCCCCUCUUCGGGGACCACCUUCUGGCAGAGAAUUCUUUGAGAUACGCAGUAGUGCUGUAUUGACACAAGCUGCUAAUCUGCAUCUUGCUGUGUUCUGUUUGCUAAGGUUGGGGUCAUUCAUUUAACACGUACUGACUGUUUUCAAAGGCUCUGUGGGGAGUUAGUCAUGGAAUUAAAGCACAUCCCCCUGAUGGAAACGUUCCUCUGGAGCAAACUUCCGACAGGAAGGGCUUAGAAGGCGUAGCUUUGAGGCAUGUGAAGAGAUUAUGCCCUCACUUCCACUUGUGUUUUUGGUUAUUCAUUUAUAAUAAAAGGUUGGCAUUGAUGUGGUACAACCUGUAAAUUAGUUUCAAUUCUGAGUUUCGGAUAAAGCAUUGUAAGACAAAAUCGGUACAUACCGUUCCUUUGAAAUUCGGGUAAAAAAUUAUACAACCAUAUAUAAAGUCAUUUUUAUAUUUUUUCUAUGUUGUGAAAACCAAAACUGUAAUUUUAUAAGUCUUUGAUUCACUAAAAUUAUAUAAUUUAAAUGUAUUUUUUGUAUAUUUAGAAAUAAGGCGUUCAAAGACUGCUUAACUUUCUAUGCAUGCAUUUGGAAGCUGUUUUUACCUGAUAAUGUAGUAAUAAGUUGUAUUCAUAAAAUACUGAUCUGUGUUGCAUUUCAAAAUAAACUUGUGUAUGCUCUGCCUGGAUUUGA